AUGAUAAGUCAUUCCAUUAAUGAAUUUUGUGAAUCAGAAUUUUGGGAUAUAAAUUUAACAUGGAAUACAACAAAUCCAGACUUUACAGAUUGUUUCCAAAAGACAGUGUUAAUAUGGAUUCCAAGUGCAUUUUUAUGGUUAUUCUCAUUUAUUAAUGUAUAUUGUAUAUACAAAAGUAAAUACCAUGCAAUACGGCUCAAUUUAUUUAACGGUAUCAAAUUUCUAUUACAAACGUUUUUGGUGUCUGUAAAUUUGUGUGAAUUGUUUUUGAUAUUAAAAAAUACCAAACGAGUUCAUCGAUCACCCAAUGAAACAUUUGUUCCAAUUUUACGAUUUUUAACAUAUAUGUAUGCAUUAGUACUAACGUAUUUUAAUAAGACCCGAGGAAUUCGUUCAUCUGGUGUUCUAUUUAUAUUUUGGUUAAUUUCAACAAUAUGUGGUGGUGUACAAUUUCGUUCAGAGAUUCGACGUUUCAAAAAUCAUAACCCAAACUUCUUUACAAUAAGUUAUAUAACACAAUAUAUUGAAAUUGUUUUGUUAUUGCUUUUAAAUUGUUGGGCAGAUAUACGGAAAGAUGCUUGUAUAUCGUCACCAUUUCGACAAGGUAAUCCAGAGGAAGAAAGUAGUUUUUUAUCAAGAAUUUUCUACACAUGGUUUGAUAUUAUUGCGUAUAAAGCACGUAAAACAGCAUUAUCUUUUCAUCAUUUAUGGGCAAUAGGAGAAGAAAGGAGUGCAGGUUAUAUAAGUUUGAAAUUUGAUUACUUUUGGAAACAAGCAAUACAUAAGAGUAAGAAAAACAAAAAACGUAGAACAUCUGUGGUACCAUCGUUAUGCAAAUGUUUCGGUUUAAAUUUUUUUUUUGCAUCACUUUUAAAACUACUUCAAGAUUGCCUAACAUUCGUUAGUCCCCAAUUAUUAAGUGCAUUAAUUAUUUUUGCACAAACAAAAAAUGAGCAUAAUCAUAUGUGGAAAGGAUUUUUUUAUUCAACACUCUUAUUACUUUGCGCUAUUUUACAAACGUUACUGUUAACGCAAUACUAUCAUCAAAUAUUUAUCGUUGGCUUAGGAAUACGUACAGCUUUAAUAACAGCAAUUUAUCGUAAAGCAUUACGAAUAUCAAAUUUUUCAUGUAAACAUAUAACAAUUGGUGAAAUUGUCAACUUAAUGACAGUGGAUGCAGAACGUUUUACCGAUAUUAUGACACAUUUAAAUUUAAUAUGGUCAGCACCGUUUCAAAUAAUAUUGGCAUUAUAUUUUUUAUGGGAUUUAUUAGGUGUGUCCGUAUUUGCUGGUUUGAUCAUUUUAAUAUUUUUGGUACCUUUUAAUGUAUAUAUUGCGAAUCGUUUAAAAGUAUUACAAAUGCGACAGAUGACGCUAAAAGAUGAACGUGUGAAAUUAAUGAAUGAAAUAUUUAUGGGUAUGAAAAUAUUAAAAUUAUAUGGUUGGGAAUUAAGUUUUGAAAAUCAAAUACAAUUAAUACGUAAUCGUGAAAUGAAUGUAUUAAAAAAAGCUGUAUUUUUUAAUGCAGUUACAUCAUUUUUAUGGUCAUGUGCACCCUUUGCUGUUGCAUUAAUUACAUUUGGAACAUUUUUAUCAAUCGAUAAUAGGAAUGUAUUAGAUGCUAAAACAGCAUUUGUAUCAUUGUCACUGUUUAAUAUAUUAAAAUUCCCAUUAGGAAUGUUACCCGUGAUGAUAUUUAGUGUUGUACAAGCAAAACCAAGACAUAAUGGAUCACCUCUAGUUAUUGAAAAUGGUACGUUUCGUUGGGAUAAUAAAAAGAAAACUUUGGAGAAUAUAAAUGUGAAUAUUGAAAAAGGCACAUUAACCGCUUUAGUCGGCAUGAUUGGAUCGGGGAAAUCAAGUUUAAUAAAUGCAUUCUUAGGUGAAAUGGAUUUAGUAUCUGGUAAAGUGAAUACUUUUGGUACAAUUGCAUACUGUCCACAACAAGCUUGGAUACAAAAUGCAACCGUACGUGCGAAUAUAUUAUUUGGAAAACCAUUUAUACCAUCUUUUUAUGAUCAAGUAAUUGAGGCAUGCGCAUUGACAUUUGAUAUUGAAUCAUUGCCAUCACAUGAUUUAACUGAAAUUGGUGAGAAAGGUGUAAAUCUAUCUGGUGGACAACGGCAACGUAUUAAUCUAGCACGUGCUGUUUAUGCAAAAGCAGAUAUAUAUUUUUUAGAUGAUCCGUUGAGUGCUGUGGAUACUAAUGUAGGUAAACACAUUUUUGAUAAGGUGAUUGGACCUCAAGGUCUAUUAAAGAAUACAACACGAUUAUUUGUGACACAUGGAACAACAUAUUUAAAACAAUGUGAUAAUAUUAUUGUUUUGAAACGUGGUCGGAUUAGUGAAGAUGGUACAUAUGACCAAUUAUUAUUAAAAAAAGGUUCAUUCGCUGAAUUUAUUAAACAUCAUGUUACAAUCAAAGCAAAAAUUGAUCCUUCAACUGAUAAAUUUUCUGAUGUCAAACAAUUUUUAAGUAAAUCGUUUAUAAUCAAUUCAAUGCAUAAUCGAUUCUCUAUGGAUUCGAUUUGUACACGACGCACAGAAUCAGUUUCGACAUUUGGUGAAUAUGAUGAUUUUCUUGAUACAUAUGGCGAGGUGUUACAUCCAAUGAGAGAAAUACGUGGAUAUCCUCUUGCCAUGGAUAAAAAGAAAUCAGUUUCUGUGCCAUUUAUUGAUUAUUAUGAAAAACAGCGCAGCGAAUGUGACAAUAUUAAAUGGUGUAUUUGUAAACAUUAUUUAAAAUCGAUUGGAAUACCUUUAUGUUUAUUGACAGUGGCUAUGAAUAUCAUAUAUCAAGGGUUUAGUCUUGGUAGUAAUUUUUUGUUAGCAAAAUGGGCAACGGAUGAUAGUAAGGAUAGGAAAUUUAAAUAUCUUUAUAUAUUCGCUGGAUUAGGUUUAGGACAAGCAGUUGGUUCAGUAAUGAGUGAAUUGUCUCCGUUACUUGGAUGUUGGCAUGCGACUCGAUUAUUACAUGAACAAAUGUUAUAUACCGUAAUGCGAUCGCCUAUAUCAUUUUUUGAUGUCACCCCAAUUGGACGAUUAAUAUCACGAUUUUCAAAAGAUAUUGAUGUCUCUGAUACAGUUCUACCACCUGAAAUUACUGACAGUAUUUAUGAUUUUUUUGCUGUACUUUCUACAUUGUUGGUAAUUAGUAUAUCAACACCAUUUUUUGUGGUAGUCAUUAUACCAAUUGUGAUAUUUUACUAUUUAUUACAAAGAUUUUAUGUUUGUGUCUCAAGACAAUUAAAACGUUUAGAAUCAUUAUCAAGAUCACCAAUUUAUUCACAUUUUGGUGAAACUCUAGCUGGUAAACAUGUAAUUCGAGCUUUUGGCAUGCAAAAUGUGUUUAUCAAAGAAUCUGAACGUCGCAUAGAUGUCAAUCAAAUGUCUUAUUAUCCGAGUAUAAUUGCAAAUAGAUGGCUUGCUGUCCGUUUAGAAGUUGUUGGUAAUUUUAUCAUUUUUUUUGCGGCAAUAUUUGCCGUUGUUCAUUCUGACACUAUGAAUGCUGGUGAGGUUGGAUUAUCAGUUAGCUAUGCAUUGCAAGUGACACAUAUAUUUAUGUGGUUGGUACGGAAUACCAGUGACGUGGAAACGAAUAUUGUUGCUGUAGAACGAAUUAAAGAUUAUACUGAGCAACAACCAGAAGAAUUAAAUACGAAUUUUGAUGCAACUUUACCAAAAUCAUGGCCAAUUUAUGGGAAAAUUGAAUUUAAAAACUACAGUUUACGUUACCGAUCUGAUUUAAAUUUAAUAUUACAUAAUUUAAAUUUUGUAAUAAAUAGCGGUGAAAAAAUUGGUAUAUGUGGACGAACGGGUGCAGGCAAGUCCUCACUAACUCUGGCAUUAUUUCGUAUAUUUGAAGCGGACAGUGGUUAUAUUUAUAUAGAUGAUAUCGAUAUCUCUAAAAUUGGCUUACAAAAAUUACGAUCAAGUAUUUCUAUUAUUCCACAAGAUCCUGUUAUAUUCUCUGGUUCAUUACGUUUAAAUUUAGAUCCAUUUCAUAUGUAUUCGGAUGAUGAAAUUUGGAGGGCGUUGGAGUUGUCAUAUUUAAGGACGUUCGUUGAAAGUUUAACAAAUACAUUGGAUUUUGAGGUCACUGAAGAGGGUGAAAAUUUUUCAGUUGGCCAAAAACAAUUAAUAUGUUUGGCACGUACUUUGUUAAAACGUUCUAAAAUAUUAAUCUUAGAUGAAGCUACGGCUGCCGUUGAUUUAGAUACGGAUGAUUUAAUACAAGAAACAAUACGUACUGAAUUCGCUGACAGUACUGUUUUAACGAUUGCACAUCGUUUAAAUACAAUUAUUGAAUCCGAUCGUGUUUUGGUGUUAGAUAAAGGAUCAGUGGUUGAAUUUGAUUCACCAAAGAUUUUAUUGAAGAAACACAGAUCUGUAUUUUAUAAUCUGGCAAAAGAUGAAGGACUUGUUUAAUGACAAGGGAAAUUUUACUCUUGUUAAGUGCUUUUAUGGUAAUAUAGAUACUUAAAUAU